AUGGAAGAAAUGGUUUCUCAGAAUACCGAGGGUGAUAAAUCGAUUGAUGAUCAUUGGCAAACGGAGGGUGCAGAGACACAACCUGGUUUGCACGAGACUUUCCCGCUUGGUGUUUUAAAAGCACGCGUAGCGCUGCUGGCGACUGCAAUCGGAGGUCCGGACCACACUUCGGAACAGGAAGCUGCUCCAUACAAGCUUGGUGAUGAUUGUUUGGCGUGCUUGAAGGAUCUGAAAAGGUGGUUUGUGUUAGUAGACCAGAAACAGAAGCGAUGGGAUGUCGCGUCAGCUGCAGCGGAAUUCCGGAUCCUUGAAGAAGACCUGAUCCCAAUCCUCGUUCAAUGGGAGCAAAAAAUGUCGCAAGGCAUUAAACAGAGCAAGGUCUCUGGACUGCCGCUUUCAGAAUGUAUUAAGAAUAAACAGUAUCAUGGGAAGAUAGCUUUGAACGCGUUUCAGCUGAUGGUGUGGAUGACAUGGCCCAUGACACUGAAUGAAGAGUCCUCAAAAAACCAAGUACACCACUAUUCAGGAUUAAAGAAGCACCAAUUGGCUUAUAAGAAAGCCAUAUUGCAGGCACACGGUGGUAAAGUAGUGAAGGCUGCGGUUAGGAUCGCCACAGAGGUUAUAAAGAUUGAUCGUUUAGAUCGCUCAGUUCAGGAUAACUCUCUCAUACGGCUUGUGCUGAACUUUCUACGUAAUAUAUUGGCAAUUGAACCGGGCGAAGUCACAGUCAGCGCAAAACAGCUCUCGAAAAGUAGGAAUAUCAAUACAUCGGAUAUGCUACCUCCAAAUAUUUCGGUAGAUGAUAUAUGCUUGAAUUCUGUGGUUUCCGUGUUUAAAAAGUUUAAGGUAUUUCCCUUCUUAUUGACUAUCUCCAGCUCUAUGGGCCAUGAGUUUGAAGCCGAAUACGUCUGCCUCCCACUGCUUGAGGUUGCGUUCUAUUUGACGAAAGAUAUUGACCCUCAUCUACUGAGUUUGAAGGCCGAUAAUCCCCCCCAAUCUUUGCAAAACUGCGGAAAUAAAGUGUCAAAUGGGCAAGGUGUUGUAUCAGGCCAACUUGGUAUGGAGUUAAUCCAUCUCUUAGACAAGGAACGCCACCAUAAAAUGUCUCAAAUUCGAUCGUCAUCUACAAGACACUCAAGAUUUGGUGGGUUUUUCUCUAUACAGACACCUAAUAAUGGCAGGCUGACUAUAUCCAAUGGCCAUAGUGCACUGGAUCAUGAUCUUGCUUUAAACAAUAUUGAUAAGAAGAAAAAGUGGAAUAAAACAACUCGGAAUACAGCCGAGGCAGUACAAGGCAUCCCAGUAGGGGUUUUAAAUGGUGAAUUUAAUUUAACGUUUUUGUCGCACGAUAACCGCAGUUGUUUGAAGUGGUUUUUGGCGAAUUUUGUGGAUUCUUCUUUUAACAUUUUGCUUAAGAAUCUGAUAGAUUACUUCACGGCGGAUGAGUUCAACCAGCAGAUUCUACAGAAACUUCAGUUUCUCCUAUUUUAUGCGUGGUUUUUGAAGUUUGAGAGAGAUAGAUGUCAAAAAGGAGAAACUGAUGGCAUAUUUGUAUCAGAGGCUCUCCAGGAUACAUCACACAUAUUAAUCAUAAAAUUCUUGCGAGAAGCACAUGAAUUAAAAAAAUGGCCAUUGGUACACGCCGCAAUGUUGGCUAUAACAGAGUUAUUGAACUACCUCGACGUAUUGGGGGAAGACUGGGAGGAGGAUGUGGUUGGAAUUUACACUAAGAUUUUCAGUAACGAAAGACUGAAGCUGUUCUCCACCAUUCCAAGAACUGCUUCAAGGCAUUCACUUCACUAUGUCAAAGCUUGCAUUAACAUGAAUCACGCAAUUAUGACCACUUUGGAAAGAUUCAAUAAAAAUAAUAAAGAUCUCAUUAUCAAGGGCUUUCGUAAACGUAUGAUUACUAGAUUUAUUGUUAAAGAGGGAAAGACCACUUCAGGUGAUGUCAAUGGAAACAAAAACGGGCAAGAUACUACCCGCGACGCGGAUGAAGAUGCGAUUUCAUCAGACGAAGAGACAAAUAUGAUAAGUGCUCGACUCGACUUUAAAAAGGUUCUGGAUGCAUACUUUAAUGGCACAGUAAUUGACACUUACAUUUUUUACUUAAAGCAUUUUACCGAGUUGACUGAAGAAGAUAUCAAGAGGGUGCUGUAUUUUCUAAACCAUAUCCUUUGUUCAAAUGAAGAAUCUUUCCUCUUUAGGGUUGACUUUAUGAUCGUUUUGAAGGAAAUGCUCGCUCCAGGAGGUUUGAGCGUAACGGGACACACAAGGAUUAGAAUUAAUGAGUUCUCUGACCAUUUUAUGGCGAAACUGAAGAGGAAGCUUGAAAAAUCACCAUUUUGGUAUAUUAAUAUCUUAUUUCCUAAUCUUCAUGAUCGCGAGUUGGGUUAUUACCUAAGAUAUGGACAACAGCGGCCUAACACUCAGAGCAUUCACAAGGUCGUUGCCCCGACUAUGUUUAAACACAUCGAAGGCGAGGAAAAUAUGUCAGAGCAACAACUGAAGGAUCUGAAGAUAGGAGUACUAGUUUCUACUUUACUUGAUGAUGGCAAGAAUCAUUUUGUUGAGGAGAUAAACCGCAUAUUCAAGCUUGUAGUUGAGGGAUACGAGAAACAUUAUCAAAACAAUGAACGCUCAGCUACGUUACAUUAUCCACGCGUUGAUUUUAGAAGCGAUAUGUUUGAUAUGAAACGUGCACUACUUUUUGAUAGUGAUCUAAGGGCAUUAAUGACAACAUUGGGUUACCACGUUGCUGACACUGAAGUUGAACCAUGCUACAUAGGUGGCAUAUUCUACUUUCCGGAUUUGAGCUCUGCAUUAAACUCACUGGAACAAUAUAUGGCAAUCCCAUUCCAUACACCGAAUGGCCUACCUUCUUCUUCCUACUUAUUACGGUCAAUUGAUUAUAAGUCGGGAGUCGAUGCCGAUGCUAAAGUUGGGGAAGCUAUGCGUAUCGAUCAAUUUUCGGAUGAAAUGGCUGAUAUGGCUCUCAGCGAAAAUGCCAACCGUUAUUUCGAGGAUUUGAACCGCAUGGAAGAGCGACUUGAAGGUAAACAAAUACCUCGUGGCACCGCGAAAAAGCGAUCUGCUAUUAAACCCAAAUCGAGGAAAUCCCAACCCACGGGAAUUGGUGGUAUCGAUGAUGAUACUCCCGUUAUAAACAAAAGCAAAAGGAAGAAACAAUUAUUCCUGAGCAACGAAUUCAUUAUGGACUCUGAUGACGAAGAAGAACUCGUGGCUAGUCCAAUUUUCUAUGAAAAUGAGAUUUACCUGAGGUUCAUUCUUAAUAAAUACCAAGGCAAUCUACCAUCUCAUUUAUUCUCAGUAUUUUCCCGCUUUGCAAAUGAGAGAGGAAGAAUGGCCGGUGCUGUUGUCGGAGACUAUACAGAUCUGUUCAAUGGCCCCGUGCCCUCUAUUGAAGAGCUGAAAAGCAUGGAAAAUAGUACAACACACCAUGGAUUGAAAGAGAUUCUGCAACUACAGCCUCGUGAUCAUUUAUCAUUAUCUCCAAAUAAUGAAAACAAUUCUGCGCACAGUAGUGAAAAUUUGUCAAGUGAUUCAGAAAAUGACAACAUUACCAAUGACAUACCUCUUUCUGAUUCUGAGUAUAAUUCUUCUAACUCUUCACAAUAUGCUAAUACAGCAAAGACCUCUAUAAUUGAUCCUCCUUCUUCCAAAACGUCAUUAUUGAAAUUAGCUUUGACGCAUGAAGCUGAUGUUGAAUCUGAGGAUGAUUUUAUACCACGUAAACGAGCUCGUAAGGUCAGACUAGAAGAUGGUGAGGAAUAUUGA